CUACCCGUUUCUUGGACUAAUCAAACAUCGCCUAGGUCGGACUUAGUGUAAAAUUCAAAUUUAGUUCUACCAAAUGCAAAACUGAUUCCCAGUUUCGAGUCUUUUGACAUGCAUUUGAACGCAAACGUCCGUCCAAGACGAUAGGCCAAUCUGUUCUGCCUUUCAAUCUCCCUUUUUCUAUGGUUGUUUUUUGUUAUUUAUUUGACAGAUCUGUUCCCCCAAACAAGACUUUAGCUGUGAAGAAAUGGUGGACUUGAUUCAUAGAGGAAAUCUGGAGGCUCGUUCGCAGGGAGCCUAGAUGAUAAUCGGGUAACGAUAGGCCGAUCUGUCUCAGUUUUGAUCUUCUGCAUUGUUCGGCCGUAGAGAAAUGAUGGAUCUGAUAUGUAGAGGAAUGUGGAAGUGCAUCUGCAGAGAGAGCCUAGAUUUUGAGGUCGGUGGCAUGACAUUAUUGGUGGAAUCUAGGGUUUUACUUUUCCUGUGCUAAUUCUUUAUAUAAAAAUCUUUGGCAUUUCAUUUCCACCAACUCCAAUCAAGAUCGAAUCUGUUUCCAGAUGCUGAUCCUAGAAUUAUUCUAAAGGAGGACUCUUCUCCAGUUCCUGUUUUUUUUCUUGCUGGACUCUCUCUCUCUCUUAUUUCUUCAUCCCUACAAUUGCAACCACAGGACUAAUCAGGUCUCCCACUGUAUUGAGUUUUAGAGGUUGGGAAAUGGAGAAGCAACAACUCCCAUUGAACACAAGCCAAUCAGACCCUUUGAUCUGGUUCAAUCGUUUCCACGCCAUAUCCUACACACUUGCUCUGUUUGCCCUCUUCUACCACAGAUCUCUCUCCCUCCUUCGAUCCCCAACCCUCUUCUCCUUCAUCUCGUUCCUCAUCCUGACCUUUGCAGACCUGGUGCUCUCCCUCUUGUGGAUCCUAACCCAGGCCUUCCGCUGGUCGCCGGUCCGGCGCCGCGCCUACGCGGAGAACCUCAAGGCCAGGCUCACCGCACCGGACCUCCCGGCUCUCGACGUGUUCAUAUGCACUGCGGAUCCUUACAAGGAGCCUCCAGUCGACGUCGUGAACACGGCAUUGUCCGCCAUGGCGUUCGACUACCCGGCGGAGAAGAUCUCGGUGUACGUCUCCGACGACGGAGGGUCGAAGCUCACGCUCUUUGCUUUCAUGGAGGCUGCGGGGUUUGCUAGGCACUGGAUCCCCUUCUGCAAGGAGAACAGUGUAAAGGAGAGGAACCCACAGGCUUACUUUGCCAAUGGUGCCAACAGUGGCUUCCCGCACAAUGGGUGGAGGGACUUGCAGGCUAUGUAUGAACGUAUGAAAGCGAGGAUAGAGAGUGCAGUGGAAAGUGGGGAUGUCGCUGUUGAUCAAGUUUCCAGUGUCGAGUAUCGCAAGGCUUUCGAAAGAUGGACAGUUGGAUUUACACGCAAGGACCAUCCUGCAGUUAUUGAGGUAUUGGUGGCAGCAGACAAGGAUACGGACGGUAUGGGGAAUGCCAUGCCAAACAUUAUAUACAUGUCCAGAGAAAAGAGCACGGCUUGUCAUCACCAUUUCAAGGCUGGAGCCCUCAAUUCUUUGCUGAGGGUAUCAUCUCUGAUGAGCAAUGCUCCCAUAAUUCUGAACCUGGACUGCGACGUGUACUCAACUGAUCCUGAGGCGCCGCUCCGAGCUCUAUGUUUCUUGCUGGACCCAGCUCUAUGCAGCAACCUCGCGUUCGUCCAGUUUCCCCAGAUCUUCCCCGGAAUCAACAAGAAUGACAUCUAUGGCAACGAGUACAAGCGCCUCUAUCAAAUCAACCCUUUGGGUAUGGAUGGGUCAUGGGGACCUAAUUACCUUGGGACCGGCUGCUUUUUCCAGCGCCGGGCUUUCGCCGGCCCGGCUCUGUCGCCUCCGCAUCCAGAGAUCGUGCCGACAGGUUCUUCUAGCAGAAGCGGUGGCGGAGAGCGAAUUUGGCGCGCGGCAACCUUAGAAGCAGCCGAGAGAGUUGCUGGAUGUCAUUACGAGAAAGGGACUGAAUGGGGCUCCACCAUUGGGUUCAGGUAUGGUUCCCUGUCGGAGGAUUUUUUCACGGGCUACAGCAUGCAAUGUGAAGGGUGGCGGUCGGUGUUUUACAGUCCGGAGGAGCCAUCUUUUGUAGGCGACUUUCCUGCCACCUUGAAUGACUUGUUGUCUCAGUGCAAGAGGUGGUCGCUGGGGCUGUUGCAGGCGGGCUUCUCUUGUUCCAAGUGCCCCAUCACCUACGGCAUCCGAAGAGCCUCGUUCAUCACCGGAAUGUCCUAUGCACACAAUGCCUUCUGGCCUCUCUGGUCCAUACCCAUCACCAUCUAUGCGCUCCUCCCACAGUUUGCUCUGCUUCUUAGCAUGCCUCUCUUUCCCAAGGCAUCUGAUCCAUGGAUCUACCUCUACACGUACCUCUUCCUUGGCUCCUAUGGUCAAGACAUGAUUGAUUUCAUCAUGGAGGGCGGCACCUUUCAGAGGUGGUGGAGUGACCAGAGGAUAUGGCUGAUCAAAGGGGUUUCCUCUUUCCUAUUUGGCCUCAUUGAGUACCUCCUGCAACGGAUGGGCAUCUCCGUAGCUGGAUUCAACAUAACCAGCAAGGUGGUAGAUGAUCAAAUUGUUAAGAGAUAUAAGCAAGGUGCUUUUGAGUUCGGAACCGUGUCGCCAUUCUUCGUUACUAUUUCUGCUGCUGCAGUUAUCAGCCUGAUCUCACUGAUAGUUGGAGCAGUUAGGGCAGUGUCUCAGGGGGCUAUGGCCGAUAUGCUUGUUCAGCUGUUCAUAUCUGGCUUUGUUGUGGUGAAUUCUUGGCCGAUAUAUGAGGGCAUGUUUCUCAGGAAAGACAGCGGAAAGAUGCCCAAGAAGGUCACUGCGUUGGCCGGGUUGCUCGGCUGUGCUUUUUAUUUGACGGCAGAGUUUGCGAGGAAAGGCUAAUAUAUGUGAUCACUCUCUGUUGGCAUGGUCAUCGUGCUAUACAUCCUCAACAUAUCAUGUUCAUGCAGCAACAACUUGAGUUUCAUGUAGCAAUGAAUACCCAACAAUAUUGCCUUCAUAGUUUCUGCAAGCUCCCAAGCACAUCAUCAACUCCAUAAUGUUAUCAACAAACUUUGACAAUUGGAAUAUACUUGCUGAACAAUUGCUUAAUUUGUCUAUCCACAAUUUUAACUAGAAAGUUGUUGGUGGUACAACAUUUGUUUAGCUCAAUGCCUU